AUGAUCGCUACGGCAGUCAAAAAGCCAAAAAGAAAAGAAGAAACAGAAAUUGUGGGCCAGAAGAGAGCACCUCCUUUGUCCGAAGACAGGGUCUACAUCAAUGCCAUCAUUCCAAAAACCAAGGGGUCCAAGUUGGGCAUGAAACUCACCGAAGCAGCCGAUUCGGGACGGGAUCUUCUCAUUAUUGCCAACAUUUUGCCUGGCGGUCUGGCAGACGAGUCCAAAUUGAAACAGGGCAUGAUUCUCUACACUGUCAAUGGAAAACUCACAGAGGGCAAGUCCGCCAUGGAAGUAGCCAGGAUGUUGGCUGGAGCCGAAGGAACCGUAACGGUGGUGGCCAUUGCGGACAAGAAUGAGAUCGAAGAGAAAGCGAAACAGAAGAACAUGACGAUGAACGAAAACUUCAGGAUAGGCAGCUCCUCUCAGAAGUAUCCCGAGAAGAGAAGAAGAAAUCGCAUGAUGAAGAGGAUACGAUAA